GAAGUUGCUCUAAUUUUGGCUCAUUCAAAAAGGCAAAAAUAAUGUUUAAUAAGUUGGCAUGCAAAGUAAAUGUUUACUCAUUUCUGUCGAGAAAACUAUUGGGAACGUCGACACGUUGCACUCAGUUAUCUUCUCAAGAAAUAUUUCAACGUGAAGAUACCUACGGAGCUCAUAACUAUCAUCCAUUGCCUGUUGCUUUGUGCAAAGGAGAAGGUGUGUAUGUUUGGGAUGUCGAAGGAAAGCGUUAUUUAGAUUUUCUUGCCGCGUAUUCCGCUGUGAACCAAGGACAUUGUCAUCCUAAAAUAAUUGAAGCAAUGAAAAAACAAGUGGAGAGGAUAACUUUGACUUCAAGAGCAUUUUACAAUGAUGUUUUGGGUGAAUACGAAGAAUUUGUCACCAAACUAUUUGGUUAUGAUAAGUUGCUACCAAUGAAUACUGGUGUUGAAGGUGGGGAAACAGCGAUAAAAUUAGCUAGGAAAUGGGCAUACAAGGUCAAAGGAGUUCCCAAAAAUGAGGCAAAAGUGGUGUUUGCAUCUGAGAAUUUCUGGGGACGAACAUUAGCUGCAUGUUCAUCAUCUACUGAUCCUGAUUGUUAUGAAGAUUAUGGACCAUUCAUGCCUGGUUUCGAAAUUGUACCAUAUGAUAAUCUUGAGGCAUUAGAGGUCAGCUUUAAAGAUCCAAACACUUGUGCCUUUAUGGUUGAGCCAAUCCAGGGUGAAGCUGGUGUCAUUGUACCUUCACCUGGUUAUUUGACUGGUGUUAGGAAGCUUUGUGACAAGUAUAAUGUAUUGUUCAUAGCAGAUGAAGUUCAGUCUGGCUUGGGUCGCACAGGAAGACGUCUUGGUGUGGAUCAUGAGGAAGUAAGGCCGGAUCUUGUAGUUCUUGGAAAAGCUCUAUCUGGUGGAUUGUAUCCUAUUUCUGCAGUUUUAUGCGAUGAUGAAGUCAUGAUGACCAUUAAACCAGGCGAGCAUGGAUCUACCUUUGGAGGCAACCCUCUUGCCUGUAAAAUUGGCAUUGCAUCUUUAGAAGUCUUGGAAGAAGAAAAGCUUGCUGAAAAUGCAAGCAAAAUGGGUGAUAUCCUUCGUGCUGAAAUCUCAUUGCUAAAUCAUGAGAUAGUCACAGAUGUUCGAGGAAAAGGUUUGUUCACUGGAAUCACAGUAAAUGAAGUCAAUGGUGUUGAUGCAUGGGAAAUUUGUCUUAGACUACGCAAUAAUGGUCUUCUUGCCAAGCCUACUCAUGGUGAUAAAAUACGGUUUACUCCACCUUUGGUGAUUAAAGAGGAACAAGUUUUUGAAGCUGUUGAGAUAAUGAAGAAAACACUGGAUUCUCUCUAGAUUAUACACUGUGUGUAAAAUAUAUGACCUAGUGUAACUAUAAAACCAUUGAUAUUGCAAUGAGCAAUGAGUUUGGAAUUAUUUGUACGAAGAAUGUAGAAACAAAAAGUAUCAAUUCUUUUGA